AUGGACGCACUGCCGGAGGAACUGCUUGCGCAGAUAAUCUCGCUUGUUGAACAACAGCAAGGUCUUGCUGAUCUUUGCCGCAUGAACCAACGGCUGAACCGCAUCGCCACUCCCAUUUUAUACGAGAGAUACCUGACCAGCUACGGAAGCACCACCAGUCGAUAUUUGACAACUCUCAUCAGGCGAUCGGACUUGGCGGCAUGUGUCAAGGCUUUGCGGUGGGAUUACAGCAUACUCGCAAGGCACCGCAUAUCUGUCUUUGACUCGAACGAUCUCCAAGACACUCUUCGUGCCUUUCCGUACCCAGUCUCAGCCUUCGCAAACCGGUGUGCGCAGGCCAUCGAAGACGCUCGAGGCAAUGGCGAGCUUACAGAUUCCUUCUUCACGACAGCGCUGAUGCAUACGCCGAACAUUCAAAGAGUUGAAGUCAUCGACAAAUGGUACGGUGACGAUGUCAGGAGCACUAGGAGAUGGAUCGAUCCCAUCCGGAUGAGGGUCCCACAUGACUUCCGCCAUUUGAAGUCGGCCAGUAUCACGAUGGCGUGUAUGCAGUUUGACGAUGUCAUUGUUCUGAUGCGUCUGCCCUCCCUGCGGACGCUUCAACUCUGCAAUCUCGUUGAACCCGAAGUGCGUGCCGUGGGCCUGGGUAUUCCUCCAGAGCCCUUUUCCAACGUUUGUGAGUUGAGCUUUCGGUCUUGUCGCCUCAACUGGAAGACAGUAGCUUGGAUGAUGGCGCCAUGUAAGAUUCUUCAACGCUUCAGCUACGUAAGCUUCAACCUAGCACUGCUGCGUCUCUCUACCCCUGCAGACCUACAAGACCUCAAGUUUACACUGGACCAACACGCAGGAAGUCUUGAAUACUUGGAUAUCGAAGUCGAUGUUCUCGUUUCCAGUGGGGCGGACCAUGGCGAGGUUGGUUCUUUUGCUGGCUAUUCGCAGCUCAAGCACCAACGCGUAUGGCUGAAUCCAUUCAAACCAUAUCGCGAACUGGGUCUGCUCACGCCCUGA